AUGCGCUGCUGCCGCUUUAUCAGCGGACCACUUGGGAUCCCAAGGGCCCCCAUCCCGCCCCAGAUCCGACUCCUGCUGCCGCGGACGGCAUUGAACGACGGCGGCAGAUCCGUGGAGCAGUUUCGGCCGUCGAUCCGAUACCCAGACCUGCGCGUCCUGGAGCGCACCUGGGAGCCUGGGGACGACCCCAGAGCAGGCCUGCUGGUCCUGCACGGCAUCAUGUGGCACUCAGGCUGGUUCGGGCCCUUCGGGGAUGCGGUGUGCGACGCUUGCGGCGUGCGCGUCACCGCACUGGACCUUCCCUCCCACGGCAAGUCCGACGACAUCGAGGGCUACCGCGGCUACACCGCCCGCUUCCGCGACUUUGUCGACGAGGCGGGCGCCACCCUGGAUCGUCUGCAGGCGUCGCUGUCCGAGGGCGCGCCGGUCGCGCCUAGCGUGGCCGACAGGAUCAGGGGAUUGAUCCUGCUGGCGCCGCUCAUUCGCCCAGCGGGCCUGCCACCAGGGCCCGUCGUGGCGGUGGCGAAGCUGAUCGGCAGGCUGUUCCCGCGGCUGGUGAUGCCCGGGGACGAGUUCUCUGGCGAUAAUUUCGACCAGGCCUUCGGCGACAGGGAGGUCGCAGAGAUGGCCAAGCGGGACCCCCUGGUACAAUACGGCGGGGACGUGCGGAUAGGCCCCAUAGCGAGAGCGCUCAGGGCCUGCGACGAGCUGGAGCGCAGGAUGGGAGAGCUGGCCGUGGUCGUGCUGCAGAAUGAGGGGGAUGUGAGGACGGAGAUUGCGCACAGCCAGGAGAUGCUGGGGCGGAUUGGGCGGGUGCGUGACAAAGAACUCGUGAGGCUGCCCGGUACGGCGCACCUGUCGUUUCAGGACGCGCCGGGGGUCAGGGAGGAGAACGUGGCGAGGGUGGCCAAGGUCGUGGGGAAGAUGUGCGCCUGA